AUAAGGGGCUAGGCUCCUGCUGUUUGAGCAUUACUCUUCAGACACAACUGAAAACCACAGCCUCAGUCAUAACCUGACAAGAACACUUCUCACAAUGAAAGCUACGCUGUGUAUCCUUGCAGUUCUGGCUGUCUUCCUGACAUCUUUUACUCUCUCAGAAGGGAAGCCGCUUGUAUCAGCACAAGAGCUUAGGUGCCAAUGUAUAAAAACAGAGAGCAAGCAAAUAUCUGGCAAACAUUUCCUGAAUCUCGAAGUGAUUCCAAAAGGCCCACACUGCAAACACGUGGAAGUCAUUGCCACCAUGAAAAGUAGUCUGCAAGUGUGUUUAGACCCUUCAGCUCCAUGGGUCAAAAAGAUCAUCGACAGAUUUCUUGAUUCAGCCAAAACCACUUCAUCUUAAUUAUCACCGGACUUUACUUGACUGAUAAAAGAAGAGAAGUUUCAAAGGAAGGCUUAUUUCGGUCACAUUUACAGAAGACACAUCUAAUUACCUUUACAAAUCUAUACAUGUGUCCACCCUGGAAAUAUGGACCCUGAGGGCAUUGCCAGAGACUGAAAAAUACAGCCUGAAGCAAAUCUGUCAACUGCUGUAAUCAGUAUUUGUUUUUUAUUGCCUUAUCAUAUAUGUAUUACUACAGAGCCAUGUAUAGGUUUAAAGAAUGGAACUGACUUUGAAGUGUAAAGUGUCUGACUGCAACAAGAAUGAAAAAUAGCACUCCAAAAUAUUUAAUAUUGCUGUUGACCCCAGGAUCAAUGGGCUGAGAAUGUCUGUUGUUGGCCAGGGACAUGAGAUUGUUAAGCAGUCUGACCAAAAUCAGCCAGAUUGGGCAACAAUCAUCUCACUUCUAUGGCUAAUACAGACCAUGUGUUAACAGACUGUUAAAAGCAAAGUCUUAAGCCAAUGGUUGGGGAUCAGACUAGUGUUGUACACGUUAGAUCACAAAGCCAAAUUUGUAAUAAUUUGUAUCAUGAGGAUCAGUGUUCAUGGCAUUUUAAGUGCAAGUCUGUUGUACGGUAUUUCAUGUAGCCUACCAGUAUUGAAGAGAUUUUGUAACUGAAGGUAAUAAUAGCCUACCAGUAUUGAAGGGAAUUAUGUAACUGAAGGUAAUAAUAGCCUACCAGUAUUGAAGAGAUUUUGUAACUGAAGGUAAUACUAGCCUACGAGUAUUGAAGGGAAUUAUGUUACUGAAGGUAGUUAAUAUUUAUACUGAGCAAAUCGUUUUCUUUUAACUGAUGGAAACGUAAUGAGUUUCGAAAAAGCACCGUAUUUUUGUUUUAUAGUGUCAAGCAGAAUUGAAAACCAUUUUUUUGUUUUUUUACUAUGUUGUGUGUACCAUUUUAUAGAAACAAGAGGAUUUUAAAAAAAAUAUGUUAUAUAUAUACAUUUUGUACAUGGGUGUGCUUGUUGAUCUUUUGUAAAAUUAAUAAUUUAUUUUAAUAUAUUUAUUUUAUUAUAUGAUUU